GAACACCCCUGACCCCACACACCCUGGCCCACUGUACCAGCUGCAGGCUCUGUCCUCCACUCUCCAGCUUCCAGACGGUGCAGGCUGCAGGGCUGGCCAUGGGCCUCCAUCCCAGCUCCCUCCUGGUCCUCGUUCUCUGCCUGGGCCAGACCGUCCACAUGCAGAACAGGGCCCUGCCCAGACCCUCGAUCUCGGUCGAACGGGAUCCCGUGAUGUGCCAGGGACGGCCUGCCACCAUCGUGUGCCGGGGUCCAGCCUGGGCGGACACAUUCCGUCUGGUGGAGAAGGGGAGAGCGUCUGCUUACAGGGAGGAGAAAUUCCCUUCUCAACAUGGCUCAGAGUGGGCAGAGGCCAGGUUCUGCAUCGAGGCAGUGAGUGGCGUCACGGCCAGGACUUAUUUCUGCUUCUACAGUAAAGGGUUCAGCUGGUCUGAGUUCAGCGAGCCCCUGGAGCUGACGGUGACAGAAAAGGAUGUCUUCCCUCCACCCUCAGUCCCAGGAACAGCCUCUGAAGUCACCCCUCCACCCACAGAAGUCACUCUGGUACCCACUGAAGUCUCCCUGGUACCCACAGGACCAGUCUCCCAGACAGCCCCCGCCUCCCAGAAUUACACGGUGGGGAACUGUGUCCGCAUGGGCCUGGCUGGCGUGGUGUUGCUGAUCCUGGUGGGGAUUCUGGCAGAGGCUGGGCACAGCCGGCACAGGUGGCCACACAGACCACAGGAGUGGACACAAGUGAGCUCCUGCCAGAGAAAUUAGACUCCAAACCCCCAGGAGGGGCCUCCCCUGGGGCUGGAGACUCACACUGGAGCCCAAGAGACGCUGAGCCACCCCUCCUGCAUCUGUCCCCUAGGUCUCAGAUGACUUGGAUCUAAAGUCCAGGGAAGGGACUUGACCAAAAUCACAGUGCAUAUCACUGCACAUUCCUCACGACGACUAUGGCUGAAAUUAUUUUUAAAUGGUGGGCACUAGACUCACUGGGGGUGGGUAACUUCCUAAGUUAUGUAAAUGUCUAACCCCCGUGCUGUACACUUGGAAUAGUACACUGUGUGUCCACUGUAACUGAAGAAUAAUUAAACGUACUAAUGUAAAAACA